GGUCGCUGGAGCCGUGGCCAAGGUGAAGAGCGAGGAUUUAAGGCCUGUCGGCAGGUGUCGAGCUGAGACUUGGUUGUGGAUCCUCUCUUCGUGAUUUCUGUACGCUGUAGACCGUUGGAGCCUCAGGCGUGAGGGACCCGGGUCACAUGGAAUGAAGCAUCGAAACACCACGCCACGUCUGGCGUCUCCGAAGCGUCCGCGACAAUCAUCUUUGCGCCGAUCAGAAAUGACUACGAAUCCAAUUCAAUGUUGUCACCACGGCAGCUCGUUGGAGUCCGGGUCGUUUUACAGCGCCUCGCUCUGCAGCCCAUUACACGUACUGGCAAUAGGCUCCCACUCGGGAAUUGCAGUGACACGCACCCAGAGGGAUUUCCGAGGCCUGUUUGGCGAGCAAAGCAUUGCAUGUCCCCCGUUGGACUCGAACGACAAGCACAAUCAUUCGGCACUGCGUCUUCUGUCGGCGAGGCGCGCUUGUUCCACUGCACUACCAUAUCAAACAUGCCUUGCUUGCAGAGAUCGUCAGUUGCUCUGUCGAUGCACGGCAAAAUUCCCACCUUUAUCCCGUGGGGUGACCGGAGAGCAUUUAGUGUCCAAUGCACUGUCUAUCGUCGCAGGUAUCAGCGUUACGGGUCGGGGCCGAGAUGCGCGAGACUAUGGUCGAUACUCGCACCAGUAAGGAGACGAGAAGUGCGACGGGCACGUUCGAUGAUGCGGUACCUAAGAAAUGCACAGAAUGUGCUUUUUGGCUGGCUGGAGCAAGAUGACAUCUAGUAAGCUUGCAUACAUCUUUAGGGGAAACAGUCUGGCAUGGUGGCGGAGAACGUGGGUCGUGCAACGCUCGGCCGCAGUCGACUUUGUCUAGAGCUUCACGACGCGCAGGUCUCACCACGC